CCCCCCCCCCGAGACAUUUGCGACUCUGUCCAGGCUUGAUCCCAUGGAUAGACCACAGUCAGAGAUCGGAAGGAGGUGGAGAAUGGCAAAGAAUAAAGAAAGGGUGCAGUGCCUGCCACCUGUGCCUCCCAUGGUGAGACCACCACCACCCAAUCCAGUGAAGCUAGCAGCAAUAGCUGUAAACUUGAACAUACGGCUGAGAUCAGCAGACAUGCCUGAUGCAAUGCAAGAGCGUGCAUUUAGGUGCAGUAGAACACUCCUUGAUGCUACAAGCCUCGAGAGCAAGAAGCCGAAUCCCUCACAUAUUGCCAUGUGUCUGAAGAAGGAGUUUGAUGAAAUUUAUGGUCUGGCAUGGCACUGCGUUGUUGGAAAGAGUUUUGGAUCAUUUAUUACUUGCUCAAGUGGUGGGUUUGUGUAUUUUUCUGUGGACAACCUGUCUUUUCUUCUAUUCAAGACAGAGGUUCAACCAGUGAAGAAGCCACCUCCAUUGCGCAAGCUCGAUGCAUAAAGUGGUUAUGCUAAUGUAAAUGUCUGUUUCAAUUUUAGGCCCAUGAGUCUGCGUUUUGUGGUCAAGGAGUAGGUUGUGCUAGUACAGUAUAUGUUUGACCUGUGCAAAUUAUAAUUCUGAUGCUUUAUUAAUUACCUUUUCUCCUUCCUUUCUUCA